UCUCUCUCUCUCUCUCUCUCUCUCUCUCUGGCCGGAGCUCUACUACAGGCGGAAGUUAGAGGCGCUUGUGUUGGUGAAAAUCUCCUGCGGUGAGAAAGUGAAAAAGCGUAAAUGAUAAACAGCAGGCGUCCGUGACGAUUUUAACAUCAGCGCAUCAUACAUGUGGACGCGGUCGCUUUAUUUUCCUCUUCCUGCAUUGGCGGACUGCUGGUCUUCGUCGGGAAAGGCGGACCGGCACGUUUAUUGAGUUUGAUGUCUGUUUAGAUGGUCAGAUAGCGAAGCUCUCACAGUAACCAACGCGCGCGCUUUGAUUGGAACGUCCAGGCGUUCUGUGACAUUGAUACGUUGUGGCCAGGCGGCGCGCUUCCGACUCUUGUCGAUACCCUGUAGCGGGAGAAUAGAAGCGAUCACUUUUCUUUUUUUUCUUCAGCAAUGACUCGAUUGGGUUUAACAUAACGGCUGAAGCGCGUAUGUGACAUCCACAGCAGCUAAUCUAGAGGAGUCUUUUAUCUCGGCGUUUUGCGCUGGAUUUACGUUGGAAGCGGCAGAGAUGGCAGACGGCGGUCGGGUGAAGCACGACAGCCCGAGCUCGAGCCCCGGACCCGGGAGGAAAAAGGCGCAGCAGUCGCCCGGUUCAAAGGCGCGGUACUCGGUUAACGCUCCCGGACACUGCUUUCGGAAAGUGACCCUGACCAAACCGACCUUCUGUCAUCACUGCAGCGACUUCAUAUGGGGCAUUGUCGGGUUUGUUUGUGAAGUGUGUAACUUCAUGUCACAUGAGAAGUGUUUGAAGCACGUCAGGACCGUGUGUUCCUGUAUGACUCCCACACAAGUUCGGGUUCCUGUAGCACACUGCUUCGGUCCUGCCGGUCAGAAGAAGAGGUUCUGCUGUGUUUGCCGAAAGCAUCUGGAAGGCAGUUUGGCUCUGCGCUGUGAAGUGUGCGAGCUGCAUGUGCACAGCGACUGUGCCCCGUUCAGCAUUAGCGACUGUCGUUUCUGCCACCAAGAUGGAGGACAAGACAUUGAUACAUACCAGCACCACUGGCGGGAGGGGAACAUGUCCUCAGGUGCCCGCUGUGAGGUCUGUCGUCGCACCUGCAGUUCUUCAGAUGUCCUGGCUGGCAUGAGAUGCGAAUGGUGUGGCAUUACGGCACAUGCGUCAUGUUACAUAAUCAUCGCCCCAGAGUGCAGCAUGGGACGGUUGCAGAACAUGAUUCUUCACCCCAGCUGCGUGCGGAUCUGCUCACGGAAUUUCAGCAAGAUGCACUGUUACAGAAUCUCUGAAAAUUCCCAGAACAACGAGAUGGAUAACCUGGAUGAUGUCGAAACUCAGAGUCCAGUAACUUCGAAGGAAAAUCAGUCUACGGGAUCCCCGGACACAGGUAAACAGACACUGAAAGUUUUUGAAGGUGACGAUGCAGCUAAGCGGAAUCAGUUUCGUUUGGUUUCAAUCCCUCGAAUAAUCAAGAAUGAGGAAGUAGUGGAAGCAUCGCUCAGAGCGUUCUACAUCCCAGAUGAACCACAAGAUUACGAACUACAGAGUUACAGUCAACAGGGACUGUUCACAGAUGACAUCAUCAACCGUAACGGGACGCCGGACAACAAGACCAUAUUUAAGGACACCUUGUCUGAUUCGUGGGUGCUCAGAUCAAAACCUAAAGAAACGGAAGUGGUGAAGAUUUAUUCCAGUUCUCGCAAGGUUGAAGUCACCUCAGUUACUGCUGGGAAAAUCAGCACAGUAGACUCAAUCUUAAAGGAAGUGCUGCCACGAAUAGAAAAACAGAAUGAAAACCCUGCCGACUAUAACCUUGUAGAAGUUUUCAUGAGCAGCAAACAAGUUCAACGGCAGGUCCUCAGCGGUCAGGAGAUUUUACUGGACAAACUGCAGGAGAUACGGAAGACAUCGUUGCGUCAGAUGAACCAGACACGGUUUUACAUCGAGGAGAGCAGGAAUCGAGUGGCACAAGUCAAUCUGUUGUUGGGAGGCUUUCCGACACAACUUGAAAAAGAGGAAUACACACACCUGCUGUCCAAACACCUCUCGGUCAAAAGUCAUUUGGUCACCAUCACUCACAUUUACUCUGAACAAGGUGCUGUGGUUCUACAGAUCAGCUGUUUCUCAGAGGCCGAGAGGAUUUACAUGCUGGCCAAAGACACCAGCGUCAGCGGCAAACAACUCUACUCACUUGUCAUACCUGAGAUCAUGCACAGCAAGCUGGCCAAAGGAAGUUGCCCCCUGCUAGUCUUUGUCAACCCUAAAAGUGGUGGAUUAAAAGGCAGAGAGAUCUUAUACAGUUUCCGGAAACUUCUUAACCCUCACCAAGUGUUCGAGCUGACCAGCGGAGGACCACUUCCUGGGCUGCACACGUUCAGGGACGUCCCUCACUUUCGGAUCCUGGUGUGUGGAGGAGACGGCACAGUGGGAUGGGUGCUGGGGGUUCUGGAGUCUAUCCGGCACAAAAUCGCCUGUCCUGAGCCAGCGAUCGGCAUCAUACCACUGGGCACCGGAAACGAUCUGGCACGGGUGUUGCGAUGGGGGGCCGGAUACAGCGGCGAGGACCCCUACAAUAUCCUGCUGUCUGUGGAUGAGGCAGAAGAAGUGCAAAUGGACCGCUGGACAAUUCUUUUGGAUGCACAGGAAAUGACAGAGGAUGGAAAAGAAAAUGGCUUCCUAGAGCCACCCAAGAUUGUGCACAUGAAUAAUUAUUUUGGGCUGGGAAUUGAUGCUGAACUGAGUCUGGACUUCCAUCAUGCUCGUGAGGAGGACCCAGACAAGUUCAACAGCAGGUUCCACAAUAAAGGUGUGUACGUAAAGGUGGGCCUACAGAAGCUGAGUCACACACGAAACCUUCAUAAAGACAUCAGACUGCAAGUGGACAAACAAGAUGUGGAACUGCCCAGUAUAGAGGGACUGAUAUUCCUUAAUAUUCCCAGCUGGGGUUCUGGUGCUGACCUGUGGGGCUCGGACAGCGAGUCCAGGUUUGGACGGCCAAGGAUAGAUGACGGGAUGCUGGAGGUGGUGGGAGUUACUGGGGUGGUGCACAUGGGUCAGGUUCAGAGUGGGAUGCGUUCUGGGAUCCGUAUCGCUCAGGGCAGCUACAUUCGCAUCACUGUGAACAAACCCAUUACAGUGCAGGUGGAUGGAGAACCCUGGAUACAAUCGCCUGGACAGAUCAUCAUCUCUGCUGCCGGACCAAAGGUUUGCAUGCUGAGAAAGUCCAAAACCAAGCAGAAGAAACAAUCAGGCAGUUUGAAGGAAGGCCGUUCCGACAGUCCAGCUCCCAGCGAUGGUGGGCAGUGACAAACCGCACAAACACUUCAUUGACAGCCCUUUACUGUCACCUCGACAACUUUUCUUUUAGUCUGUCUAUUCUUUGUUACACUCUGGGUGGGUAUCAACAUUAACUUCGGCUAAACUAAAAUGUGUUUCGCAGGCGUUUCUAUCAUCUCAUAGUCUGUAGUGUCCAAACGCCCCAUCUGACGAUGGCACUGCAGUCUGUUUCUCAGGACUCUAGCUGCCCUCGGCCUGUUUCCGGCCUCUUUUUGCCUUAGAUUCAUACUGGUGUAGAUGUUUUAGUUGGUUUUAUUUUGAUCGCAUCUUUUUUUUCAAAGGGAACAUUGUCUUAAAGUAGUCCAUCACUGAAAUCCGACGGCACAUAUUAAUAAGCAACCAGUAUUCAAUCGCAUUGCGCUCAUCACAAAUGCCAAAAAAAUAGUUUUGUGAGCAUCGCCAAGUUAUCAAGCUCGCCAAGUUCGUGUGCGACGAUGGCCUUUUUGGUUUAUGGUACAUACUGUGAGUCACCCGGUCGUUUGUCGUCUUUUAUAAUAAUUAAUGUCUUACUUGAGGUUUAUUUGCAAUAGCAGCCCCCUAGUAGCUUUCCACAAGUAUCUGAACCAAAAUGCAGUAUAAAUGUACAAACGACUCUAGUUCUUCUUCAUUAAGAGCACACUUGAUUGUAUAAGUGGAUCGGGGAGAGAUAAUUGUCCUUGUGUAUCAACUUUUGUAGCUUUCUCGGCUUUGAGACUGGAGGCGUAAUUGUGCGCGAGAGACGAUACGGCGCCAUCGCAGCCGUUUCGUAAAACACGAAGAAUAUCAAUAGCUUUUUGAACGCGUGUGGUACCGAAAAAUACUGUGAAAAGAGUUGUUGGUUUUUGCGGAGGAUGAAUGUUUGUACAUUUCCUGUAAUGUUUGUGGACGAAUGCACCACUUUUGGCGUUAAUAGUAAUAUAAUGCCGCAUGAUACUUGAUAAAACAUUCCAUGCAAGAUCACGUACGUAGCAUUUGCGGUAUUUAACGUGGUGCCAGUAACUGAACCUUUAAGCCAACAUAGCUUUAUCAUGUUCUAGUGAAAGCAUUGAUUUGUGAGUAAAUAAAUAUGUUACUGUUACCUGACAUAGUCGUGUAAAGCUACUCGUCCUAUUGUAAAGCUAAAACUAGAGGCGAGCGCAGUGCUGUAAUAUUUUGGUUAGUGUAUAUGUGGUCUCUGUACAGUGACUGGUCAGCCCUGGGUUCGCGUGGUUGGCUUUAGAUAUUGUAUGUACGAUCGGUUAGACACUCCACUCCCCGUGAGUUGCUCUGUAAACGUGCUGGAUGCGGGGACCGUCUGACUUCAUCUACCUCGUCUCACCGGCACACAUCAUUCCGAGGAUCGAAGUUAUGCCAAGCUCGCCCAAAGACUUGCGCCUGCUUUUUAUUCCCGCACUUCGUGGAUUGUGACCACAAUCGAGUUGGAUGCCAUGUUGAACUUAACACUGAUGCUACAAAAGAAGGUGUGACAUGCUGGAGCGAAACAGAACACCACAGGAUUAGCAGGGCCCUAUGACUUCCGAGAUGCGCGUGGGUUUCGAAUACAUAAGAGUACGUGAAUACUGCUCUGAGAGCGUUUUACCAUUUCUUUUGAGUAAAUCUCAUCAUAUCAUAUACAAACAGAAAGCCAAAGGGCUUCACAGGAAUCCGUCAAAAUAAAAGUUUGGGUGAACACGGAAAUAUUACUUUGUGUAACGAUAAUACUACUACUGCUAAUCCAAUUAUUAUUAUUAAAGCAUUAUUUUUAAAGGAAUAUUUACCAGGAAAAAAAAUAUUUACCAGGAUAUCUUUAGCAGAAAAUUGUAAAUACGCAACACAGUAUUUCUGGAAAAAUUUAAUAAAUAAAAUAAUAAUAUAUAAAAUCAAUUAAUUAGGGACACUUUUGAUCAUUAAUAUGUAAAGAAACUAUUCAAAUAGAAUAAAAAUUAAUAGAAAACAGAAUCUGGAAAAAUUAAACCUGAAUUAGAGAAUAAAACAAAACAUUGAUUCGUAUGGCCUUUAAAGAAACGUAAAAAAAAAUUAUAUUGUACGGUUCAUGAUUUCGUUGAAUUAGACAUGAUUUUUAUUUAGUACAUUUUUGUUUAACCAUAAAAACUGAAUCCAGAAAAAUUUAAAUGGAAAACCAGUAUUUUGAAAAAAACAUGUAAAAUUGAUUCCAUAGGGCCCUUGAUUAGUAAGAAAUAAGCUUUGGAUUAUAUAAUGCAGACUACUGUUCUAUACAGUAUGACUGAUGGUUUAGGUCUCAAUGACAGAUCCAGGAUGAAGAUGCUGUCUUCUCUCGCCGAUUCACCCUCUCUCGUGUCGUUUAUUUGCCAGAGAUGUGUACAGUGGUGAUUUCUGCAUUAGUCGUGCCUGUUGCCAGGACAACCCCUCGGGCUAACGUGCUGUUCUGUGGUUGUGGUUUGGCCCGAGCUCUGCGUUUAGUGCCUCAUAUAAGUGCUUCUAGAACCUCCGCGGUAUUGCCGUACGUGUUUAACUCCAUGCCGUUCUGUUUGUUCUGCUGGUUCAGUGACUAUGAAGUAGAACCGUGCUGUUCUAGGUCUUUUAGAGCUGAUGUGCCUCCUAACAGGGUGAAUUGCAUGAAAACGCGUCACAUUUCACCCCACAAAAAAUCUAAAUAACUAUAUAUUAAAUUAAAGGAUCAUUUUAGGACCAAUAAGAUUUGGCAUUCUUUUCAUGCUAAUUAAGCACAUUUUAAGCCCACUUUUAAAAAAAAUGCAAGUAAGGGAGCACUACAAGUACAAUUCUGAACAUACUCUUCACAAUAUCUUGAAAAUAAUGGAAAAAGCUGAGUAUAAUUUCUGGUUUCUUUUUGAUUUUUAGAAUGAAAUGUGACCUUUUUUUAUGAGAUUCACCCAAUGACUUUGUUUGGUCAAAACUGUUUAAGUUAUUUUACCUCCUGGUGUGAUUGAAUUUUCUGAUUACUUGUAAAGUGGGUUAGAAUUAAUGUUCGAGAUCUAUAUAAAUGUAUAUUUUUGGAGAGAAAAUGUUUUUAAUUUGAUUCUAUAAAGAUAUUGCACUGACUGUACUGUUUUAAAGAUGCUUUUAAGUGUACAUUGUGUUUAAUGAAUAUUAAAUAACUAAAUGUAUAGAUAUAUCAUCAGCUGUAUAACAGAUGGAUGUGUCCAGUGGAAAAGGAAAAAAAACAUAAAUUUGGACUUUUUAAUACA